AUGGGCAAGGAAGUGUCCAAUAGCGAGGUGAAGACUAUUUUGGAGAGAGUGGUCAACCCAGGAAGGAAAUAUUGGAGCAUUCGACUUGACGAUGCUUUGUGGGCUUACAGAACGACCUUUAAGACCCCUAUUGGGAUGAUGGUCUAUGGAAAAUCUUGUCAUCUUUUAGUUGAGAUUCAGCAUAAGGCAUAUUGCACAAUAAAGAAGUGCAACUGGGAUUCUGAGGCAGUUGGGGAGGCCAGACUUUUACAACUUUCGGAAUUGGAAGACCUCAGGUUAGAAUCAUAUGAAAAUUCUCUGAUAUACAAACAAAGAGUAGAAGAGUUUCAUGACAGGAUGAUUAUGCCAAAGGAGUUUGAGGUAAGGCAUAAAGUUCUUUUAUAUAACUCUCGUUUGAAAUUUAUGCCUGCAAAACUCUUAUCUAACUGGCUUGGGCCAUUUGGAGUUUAUCACAUUUACCCCUAUGGUGCAGUAGAUAUCAUUAAUCUUGAGACAGGAAUUUUUUUUAAAGUGAACGGGCACAGGUUAAAGGUCUUCCAUGAUGGCGAGUGUUUAGAUUGCUUUGACAUCGUCUACUGGUUGGACUCACCAGUUCACAUCUAA